GCGUGGUUCAAAAAAUAUGGCGCCCGCCAUUACCGUACGUUUUGUAUGCAUUGAACGACGGUACUAAAGAACUUGGACCGCGUUUACUUGGUCGCACUUGAUUUCUAGAGAAAUAUGACAUCCAUGUUCAAAGCCGAAUGUUUGUCAGAUUCAAGUGAGGACUCAGAUGGUGGGUCUCCAGCCAAACAUUUCUCAAGGCCAGAUUCAAGCGAUGAUUCGGAAGGGGGUUCAACUUCUCCAGAGAAACAAAACCGUUUGCCCCAGCAAGGUUCAGAGAAGACAACGAUGAAAAGAAAAACGGAAGAAUCUAGUUGGAGCGACGACUCGGAUGGAUCGUCUCCAGUGAAACGGAAACUGCAACCGACUGGUCCGAUUAGAAAGAAGCAAAGAACAGAUGGGAUAGAAUCCAGUUCGACCAAGUCUUCCCAUUUCAUACCCUGCUCGAGCGACGAAUCUAAAACCGAGGAUGAAGGUGACGCGCAGCAUUUGGGAAGCUACAGCAGUGUGUCACUUAAGUUGAUGAAAAGCAUGGGUUACAAGUCUGGGAAAGGUUUGGGCAAAAGUGGUCAAGGCAUAACGGACAUCAUCGAAGCUUCCAAGCAACGCGGGAGACGAGGUUUGGGUCUCAUCGUGGACGGUUUUGAACCAAGGCCCGAUGUUGAAUGGGACUUCACCAAAGAGAAGAUAGACAUCAGGGAGGAGAUAAAGUGGUUACCCGAGUGCACCGAAGAUCCACCAGACAUAAAGGAACUUCGCCAGUGGCCGACAGAAGGGGCGAAAAAGCUGACAAUCGAUGACGAGACAACUUUUUGCGAUCCUGAGAUCCUCGGAGAAAUUAUUUCCUGCAAGAGUGUGUUUGAUGGGCUAGAACCAGAGGAAAUGCGAAGAGCCAGGACACGAUCGAACCCCUUCGAGACUAUUCGUGGAGGAAUCUUUCAAAAUAGGGCUGCCAUGAAAAUGGCCAACAUUGACGCUGCCUUUGACUUUAUGUUUACGGAUCCGAGGGACCAAGAUGGGGAGUCCCUAGUGGCCUCCGAAGGGUUGCUGUACUUUGCGGACGUCUGUGCGGGUCCAGGUGGAUUCUCAGAAUAUGUCCUAUGGCGCAAAGGUUGGCAGGCCAAAGGAUUUGGCUUCACGCUUAAAGGCCCUAACGACUUCAAACUGGAAGAGUUCUUUGCUGGUCCACCUGAUACCUUUCAACCUUACUAUGGUGUAACGGGUGACGGCGACGUAUUCGUCCCAGAAAACCUGCGGUCUUUCUCGAAAUUUGUUAAAGACAACACAGAUGGUGGGGGUGUUCAUUUUGUCAUGGCAGAUGGUGGCUUUUCAGUCGAGGGACAAGAAAAUAUUCAAGAAAUCCUUUCAAAGCGGCUCUACCUCUGCCAGUUCUGUGCAGCUCUCUCUAUAUUGAGAACAGGUGGUCAUUUUGUUUGCAAACUCUUUGAUAUCUUCACGCCAUUCAGUGUUGGUCUAGUCUACCUUAUGUACAGAGCAUUUAGGCAUGUCUGCAUCUUCAAGCCAAAUACCAGUCGGCCUGCAAAUUCAGAAAGGUAUAUUGUCUGCAAGUGGAGACGACAGGACACCAAGGACAUCCAAGACUACAUGUACGAGCUCUGCUGCCGUUUUGAGAAAAUCUCCAGUGUGACGAGUGACGAUGACAUCACCGAUGUUGUUCCGCUCGAGAUUCUCAAUGAUGAUCAAGAUUUCUUCAAGUACAUCAAAGACUCCAAUGAAGAGCUCGGUCGUCUCCAAGUUGUUCAUCUGUCCAAGAUCAAAGCAUUCGCACAAAAUGCAAACUUAUACGAAGAACGUCAGAGCAACCUGCGUAAAGAGUGUCUGGAACUGUGGAAGGUUCCUGAUCAGGCUCGAGCUCACCCAAAGGCGGGGAAUCCAAGUGCCAAGUUCAAGGAGCUCACUAAGAAUGACACAUCCUACUUUGACAGCAAGCCUGGUGAGUUGACAGACGCUCAACUGCGGAAAAUGAAGAGCGUCUACGACUACCGCUGCCUGGUGUGCGGAGAGGGAAAACCACCGGAUAAUAAGGCUUUCUACUUAGGCUUGGGUAGGAAAUACGUUUACCAGUGGUCUGGGAACCCCCAGGAGAAAUGGAACAAAGUGACAGACUCCUUGGAACUUCCUGCUGACACUCUUUUUUAUGGGGAGACUGUGCAGGAACUGGAGGGAGAGGGACGCCAUCAAAAACGAUUGAACACAAUCCAUGUGAUUGAUGCCCUUGUUCUGGGAAAAAAAGUAAUCAAAGAUGAGCACUAUGACGACAGGAUACGCUGGAUUAACAAGUUUGUAAAAGCCAUUUCCAAACCUAACCGGCAUGACUUGAUACCCCUACGUGUGAAAGAAGUGUUCAGGUUUGAAGACGCAGGCAGCAUGUUUGAAAGGCUGUGCAUGAAACUGGAAAAAGGAGGAGCUCGAAACAUGCGUCUGUCUUAUUGCCUCCCACAAGAAGAGGAAGAGAAACAUUUUUACCCCAGUGGAAUGCUCCUACUUCGAACAACCAAAAGUCCAUGGUAUGAGCAAGUGAGUCGCAGUUCAAAGAAGACCUACUACUACAAUAUGAGCAAUGGAAAGAGCAUCUAUGAAAGACCCACCAGUGCUGUGGCAGACUUCAAAUCUUGCUUCACCACAUCCUUAGUGUGGCUCUGGCAACCAGGGAUUCGAUUGCUCCGCAUACCAGAACGCCCUACUGACGAUGGAAAAGUUCACAAGGACACCAUCCUGGCCUUCAUCGAGGACAAGGUUGUCGUCUGACUUUCAGGAAGGACCUGAAGACUACACCAAUAGAGGCGACAGCUGGACGUUUUUGGAUUGUUUCCAAGCUGGGUGGCAUUUUAAAGGAAUAAACAGAGUUUUUGAAAUG